AAGGGGCGGAGCAGAGGCGGCGGCGGCUGAAGAGGCAGCGGUGGCGGUGGCGGCGGCGGCUCUGGAGGCCGCGGUCCCGGUCCUGGCUUCGGCCCCAGCCCCACCAUGGUGACGCUCGCCGAGCUGCUGGUGCUCCUGGCCGCUCUUCUGGCCACGGCUUCGGGCUACUUCGUCAGCAUCGACGCGCAUGCCGAGGAGUGCUUCUUCGAGCGGGUCACCUCGGGCACCAAGAUGGGCCUCAUCUUCGAGGUGGCCGAGGGCGGCUUCCUGGACAUCGACGUGGAGAUUACAGGGCCUGAUAAUAAAGGAAUUUAUAAAGGAGACCGAGAGUCCAGUGGGAAAUACACAUUUGCUGCUCACAUGGAUGGAACAUACAAGUUUUGUUUCAGCAAUAGGAUGUCUACUAUGACUCCAAAAAUAGUGAUGUUCACCAUUGAUAUUGGGGAGGCCCCCAAAGGACAAGACAUGGAGACAGAAGGUGGUGGAGAUACCUGGGAUGCUCACCAGAACAAGCUAGAAGAAAUGAUUAAUGAGCUGGCAGUGGCAAUGACAGCUGUGAAACACGAACAGGAGUACAUGGAAGUCCGGGAGAGGAUACACAGAGCGAUCAACGACAACACAAACAGCAGAGUGGUCCUUUGGUCCUUCUUUGAAGCUCUUGUUCUAGUUGCCAUGACAUUGGGACAGAUCUACUACCUGAAGAGAUUUUUUGAAGUCCGGAGGGUUGUUUAAAAAGCCUUUUCCUGAUGAUCUCAAAAUCAUAAUUCACUGUUUACCAAACAUCUUGGUCAUAAUAAUGUCAUUAGUUUCUACAUUUUUAUUUUCAGAACUGUACAUUCACAGCUUAUGUUUCUUUGUGAUUAAUAGAUAUUGGGGGAAAACACCUUUUUAGGAAAGUUAUAGUGAAAAUUUGACACUUGAUUGGCAUAAUUUCUUAUUUGAAUUCUGCCUCCAUUAUAUAGGCCUUUCAGAACUCAAACACUGUAAGUGAAAUACAGGCAUAUAGUCCCUGUUACAUCUGUUUUCCUUUUGUUUUCAUGAUAAAAUGCAGUUUGUUCAGACAAGUACUUUACGGAUAGUACUUCACUAAAAUGACUUUGGAUCCCUUACCUGCAGUUCAAGUCAUUAAAGAUUCAUUUUGUUGAGUCCUUAGGAGAAACAAGUCUGAAUCUUGACAUUUUCCACUCAGCCCGUUGGCAGCGCUCUGACUGGGGUGUUACCAGGUUGUUACUUUUAUACCUGUCUGUUUUGUUUCUGCUUUGAAGAUAAGACUUCCCCAACAACGUGUUCCCCCCCCUAAAUUUGUAUUUUGAACCUAGGACUCAAUCACCUCCAAUUAGGUUGAUGACACAAGCAGCUAAUAACCAUUUUUGGUUUCUGCCUAACCUUGUAAGAAGUCUCUCCUGAAGCCAGUUCUCUGGGUGUUGCAGCAAAUGGUAGCUCUUUUCUUUCUGUGCUGGCACACCCACUUUCUCCACUCUUGGCAUAUAGGAAGUGUGCAUUCAUGCAAUUGGAAAAAUCUGGAUUUUUGAUGCCAAAGGGUUAAAGCCUCUUGGAUUUCAUUGCAGUGAUAUACAGCCACUAUUUUAUUUUUGAUCAGUGGCAUUUUGGCCACUGUUUAAUUAGGGUACUGAACAUCACUGUCAGUACUAGAAUUUUUUGUUUUUCUUGGGUCUCUAUUUUUUGGCACAUGUGAAUUUUGUUUUGUAUAAAAUGACAUGACUUUCUCUUGGUCUCUGAUGAUGGGUUUAAAAUUAAAGGCGCAUCUGGUUGUGGUGUGGGGGUGAUCCAGGAUUAUGUUGUGACUGAUGUAUGUUAGUUACUUGUACAUUUUUUUUGGAUCUUUGCAAGGGGAAAACUACAAGUAACGAGUUUUAUAUAAUUAAUUUAAAUUUGUUACAGGUUUUCGUGUUCAGGAUAAACAAUUUUUCAACCUUGGGUGAAAAUACUGCAACAGUUUUAGGGUGACUGUAUUUUACCUUAAGACAGCUGUUGCAACUCCAAGUUUUUGUUUUUUUUUUUUUUUGGGUGUGUGUGAAAACACUUCAAAAUUGAAUUAAAAGAUGUACAUUUAAAAUUGGUUGUGUAUCUAAUCUGCCCCAGGUUCAGUAAAUAAACAAUUCUUUUUAAAAACA